AUGAGGGACUGGGACUGUGUGAAGCAGCUCUUUCCAGCGGAUCGUUGUAAAGAAGUACAGCAGAUCCGAGAGCAGCAUCCAAACAAAAUCCCGGUCAUCAUCGAACGCUAUAAAGGGGAGAAACAGCUGCCAGUGCUGGACAAGACCAAGUUCCUUGUCCCAGACCACGUCAACAUGAGUGAAUUGGUCAAAAUAAUCCGGCGUCGCUUGCAGCUGAAUCCCACGCAGGCUUUCUUCCUGCUGGUGAACCAACACAGCAUGGUGAGCGUGUCUACCCCCAUCUCGGAGAUCUACGAGCAGGAGAAGGACGAGGAUGGCUUCCUCUACAUGGUCUAUGCUUCCCAGGAGACCUUUGGCUACUGAGGCCAGCUGGGAGGUGGCAUGUGGAGACGGAUGAACUGUGGCACACAGGCGCCCCCCGCCUUGGAAGACAACACAACCAGAGGCUCACAAGAAGGGGACUGUGCUGACUCCCUUUCUCUCCCUCCCUCCCCUUCCCAUCACCUCUCACCAAAGAGGCUCGUGGUGUGGACUCGCACAACCCUUCACCUCUGUGUAGAUUAGUCCCGCCCCCCCCAAACACAUGCACCCACGUGCGCGUGUACAUACGACACCCACGCACGCCCCUGGGGCCUUGGCUUCCCUUCCCGUCCCGUCCCCUUCGUGUAACCACCAGCUGCUCUCACUGUGCUGUGUCCGUGUGUGUGCACCUGUAGCCUGCUGCCAAACAGCUCAGCCGGUGACAGAGAGAGGACAGGACACUGUCGCCUUCACUGUCAGCACAGGGAGAGCUGCUUCUCCUCCAAGACACUAACAAAGGGCAGGAGGUCUGCAAAAGCAGCAAACAGAUGUUAGCAUUGCUCCUGAGUUUUAAUUGA